AUGUUCGGCAAGAAAAAGGAUGCGCCCGCGCCAUCCGGCAUGAUUGCGAACCCUCAGCAAGCAGGUCAACCAGGACAUCCGCAUAAUCCAUUCAUGAUUGUUGACAUUGAUGCCUCCGUUCCAACGACAGGAUUUUUUGAUUUCAAUGGUUGUGGACGUGCUUCUUUAGGAACCGUUGAUAAAUUAGAGAAGUCGUCUUUCGAUAGAUUUUUAUUGACUCUAAAAGCUGCGCCCUUUUGGUCCUAUGUCAUGGAUUUUCAAAGACUUGGCACAAUGAUUUACCUUCUUUUCAAACCAGAAUUUGCAAGUGAGGGCUUCGGAUUCUUCUCUUACCUUGGUCUUCAUAUUUUCUUGCGAAUUGUUGUUAUGUACUUCAAGCUCCCUGCUAUCAAACUCGUCAGCUGGAAAGCUGUUUCUGACAAAAACGCUCUUGUCACUGUGGAUUUUCAAACCAAAGCGAUGAAAGAAGCUGGUGGACGAAUGCAAUUUGCGGCUUAUGCUAACUGGUUGCUCAUGUUUAUUGCUCAAGUGUGGUUCUUUAUCAAUUUCGAGGUAUUUUUGACAAUCGCUGUGAUCGCCAUUCUUAUUGACGUCUACCUCCACUUGUGCGAAGUCCGAGCUGCUGCUUUCAUGAAGAACCGAGGUGCUCACUGGAGAAACAGUUGUUCAGUUUUCUUCUGCGGAAUCACUAACGCCGUCGAUCCCGAAACCGUUGUCCCCCUCGACGACCCUCGAAUCCAAGAUGCCCUUGCCGAACGAAAUCAAGGAGGAGUGCAAACUUCUACUGUAUAA